CGUAUGUACGUCAGUAGUGUGGGCCGACCCGCGUAUCGUCGGUACAGUUGAGAAAUUUUAUUUGAUUCUGUUUUUCCGCGAAAGGAUCACUAACAUCAUGAUAUGCGAUCAUGAAUUUCUUUCAGUAAUAUUGUAAAAGGGGUCUCACAAUCGAAGGAAGUGGCUCACCAUCAUAUGUUUGUAAAAUUGGCGUGAGAAAAAAUCUUGCUCUUAUACGAGUGCGUUAGGGCCCCGAUCAAUCUUCAAGUUCAUGAACUCGCACUUAUUUGGUUAAUUGGGUUUGUUCGUGAUUGAAUUUACGCUAAAUUAGUAGCGUUUCGACAAUUCUUCUUUCGUGAGGUAUGGACCCUUGGGUAAUUCAACCCAGAGAACGUGCAAGAUAUAGAGAACAGUUUGAUUCUCUGAAACCAAUCAAUGGAGUUGUCACUGGAGAGCAAGCAAAAGAAUUUUUGCUUAAGUCUCAGCUUCCACCUGUUAUCCUUGGGCAAAUUUGGGCUUUAUCAGAUACAGAUGCAGAUGGAAAAAUGGACAUAAAUGAAUUCAGUAUUGCAUGUAAAUUAAUCAAUUUAAAGUUACGUGGUUUUGAAAUUCCUAAAACCUUACCUUCAACUUUAGUGCAAAGUUUGAAAUCACUUUCUGCCAGUGAUGCUAAUGUUACAAACUUAACAAAUGGAGCUGCUAAUAUCCCAUCACAGAAUAAUGUUGCUUCACUAGUUAAUUUAUCUGGUCCACCACAAGUUCCAGUGCAGCCCUUAAUUAGUGGAAUGCCUAUGGCUGGAUCUGUUCCACGUCCUCUUAUAGGACCUCCACCUGCAAAUGGACCAUUACCAGGACAUGCUAUUAGACCUGUUUCACCAAUGACUUUACCAGGAAUCGUGCCUUCUACAAGUACUACCACUACCACUACCACUACCACUACCACUACUCCUAGUGGUGGUCCUCCUCAAAGACCUGCACCACCCACAAGUAUUGGAGCAAAUUUUUCACCUGCGACUAGUGGUCCACCUCCAAAACCAGCACCACCUUCAUUUCCUAAUAGUCCUGUUACUGCUGGGAUUUCACCAGUCAAAGUUGCAUCUGUUUCUGCUACUGCUGUUCCUCCCAGUCAACCUAUGCAAUCAAUGACUACAUCUGCCAUGGGAAUGCCUGCAAUAGCACCAAUUGCACCCUUAAAUACAACUCCAGCCCCAAUAGCUGCUUUUGGUAUGGCACAAACAAUGCCUAUGCAACCGUUAUCUUGUACUAGCAUGGUUGCUCCAAUUACGGGUUCUACCAUAGUACCCUCAAUUGCACCAAUAUCUACUGGGACCGGUGUAGUAUCAACUCCUCCAGUUGUAGGUUUACCGCUAGUGUCAGCAACCACAGCAAGUGGCACAUUAGUAAACGGUGUAAUUGCUCAAACACCAGUAUCCACAAGUACACCAUUAAGUACAACUGCACGUCUACCAAGUAUAGAUAGAGUGGGCUCGGUUGAUUCACAACAUAGUCAACAUAGUCAACAUUCAAUAGGUUCCCCACAAUCUGUGGAAUGGGCUGUACCUCAUCAAACAAAAUUAAAGUAUACUCAAUUGUUCAAUACUUGGGACAGAACGCGAUCUGGAUUUUUGUCUGGUCCUCAAGCUAGGAAUAUUAUGGUGCAGUCACAGGCAUUAGCGGACAUGGAUUCUGAUGGUCGUUUAAGUUGCGACGAAUUUGUAUUAGCAAUGCAUUUAUGUGAUAUAGCUAAGCUUGGUGAAAAGAUACCUACCACGUUACCAAUUGAACUUAUUCCACCUGCAUUCAGGCGUCAACGACAAAGUAGUUUAACGCUUUCACAAAUUGGAACGGAAAAUAUAGAUCCAUCAGCUGGUAUGCCGCAAACCUCUUUUGAAGACAAACGUAAAGAAAACUUUGAGAAAGGACAAGCGGAGCUAGAGCGUAGGCGCAAGGCUUUAUUAGAAAUUCAACGUAAAGAACAGGAAGAACGUGAACGAAAAGAAAGAGAAGAAGCUGAGAAACAAGAGAAAAUUAGAUUAGAACAAGAAAGACGAAGACAAGCAGAAAUUGAGAAACAAAUGCAAAGGCAAAAAGAGAUUGAACAGGAAAAGGAAGAACAACGAAAACGAGCUCAAGAGCAAAGAGAAGCGGCACGAAAAGAGAUGGAAAGACAACGACAAUUAGAAUGGGAAAAACAGAAAUCACAAGAACUUCAAGCUCAAAGGCAAAAAGAACAAGAUGUAUUACUGAAAUUAAAAGCAAAAAAUCAGACAUUAACUAUCGAAUUAGGAACACUUAAUGAUAAAGUGAAAGAACUGUCUCAAAAAAUCUGUGACACUCGAGUUGGUGUAUCUGGAGUUAAAACGACAAUUGAUGGAAUGCGAUCGACACGUGAUGCACAGUUACAAGAGAUGGCUGCUUUAAAAAAUAAACUUCGAGAACAAAACCAAAGAUUAUUAGCUUUGAGUCAAGAAAAAGCUCGAAUUGAAGCAAAGAAUAAGCUAAAUACAGCUAUGGAGUCGGCGGGUCAAGAAGCUAUUAAAAUGGCAUUCGAUAAUAAGCAAAUUACUUUGAAACAAAUGAAGGAUAAAAUUGCUGAUUUACAACAGCAGAUUGAUGCUAAAAUGGCUGACAUAGAAAAUAAUAAUGGCCAGCUUCAAGAUAUUAAAACGCAAAUGGAAACUUUAGUGGCUGAUUGUAAGAAUCUUUAUGUAACUUUCGAAGAUAAAAAAUUAAAAGUUUUAGAACUCAGAGCAAGUGGUGGUACCGGAGCUGGUACUGAUUAUACAACUUCUGCGUGGAGUGAUAGCGCUUGGAAUGAUACUUCAACAGCAGUUAACGAUUCUGCAUGGCCUAUCAAUGAUAUCACCACAACUGAGACAGUGGAAGAAACUACUCCAGGAGUUAUGAAAUAUAGAGCUUUAUACGAAUUUGUGGCUAGAAAUCAAGAUGAAAUAUCGUUUCAACCUGGCGACAUUAUCUUGGUACCGCCUGUUCAAAAUGCAGAACCAGGAUGGAUGGCUGGCGAAAUUCGUGGUCAUACUGGAUGGUUCCCUGAAUCCUACGUGGAACCAGUAGAUGCUGGUAGCGCAAAUGAUAAUGCUUUCAUACAACAACAAGACAGUGUGGAGAAGAGAACGUUAGAGGGGAUUGCUGAAGUUCCUGAAAAUGUAUCUGAUGCUGGAUCACUUGGCGACGAGCCUCCUUCUGUUGAACCCAUUAUACCUACUCUUGGAUUAGGUGUAGCUUGCGAUAUACAAGUAACCACUUUGUAUCAUUAUCGUCCUACGAUAGAACAACAUCUUCCGUUUGAGAAAGGAGAUAUUAUUAAAGUAGAUGAACAACAGGGUGAUUGGUGGUACGGUACAUCUAAUAAAGAAGCCAAGGGUUGGUUUCCUAAAUCAUAUGUCAAAGAAAUUACUGCUAAUCAAACAGCAGUGGUUGAAGGUCUUAAUGAAUACUAUGUAGCCUUAUAUCCAUAUGAUUCUGCCGAAGCUGGAGACUUAACUUUCAACCAAGGAGAAGUUAUAUUAGUCGUUAAAAAGGAAGGCGAUUGGUGGACGGGUAAUAUAGGAGAUAGGAGCGGAAUUUUCCCUGCUAAUUAUGUAGAAAAAUGUGAUGCUUCAGAUCAGGGUGCCUCUGUAACUACUAACGUAUCUGAAACGAUUACUGCAACGACUGAAGACACAACAACAAAUGAUCAAGAAACAGUUGCGUCAGUAAUUGCCCAAGCAGUAUUGAAAGGAAGAAAACCUGAAAUUGUACAAGUUAUUGCACCUUAUCAAGCCACUAGUUCUGAACAGUUAGAUUUACAAAAAGGACAAUUAAUAAUGAUUCGUAAAAAGACAGACAGUGGUUGGUGGGAAGGAGAAUUACAGAACGCGUUAUGGCCUUAUAUCCAUAUCAAGCACAAAAUGAGGAUGAGUUAAGUUUUGAGAAAGGUGACGUUAUAACUGUACUUGCAAAAGAUGAAGCAGCAUGGUGGAAAGGCGAAUUAAACGGAGUGUCUGGUGUUUUCCCUACUAAUGAGAUGACAACUAACUUACUAAUGGCUGGAUUGGAUUCUAUGGAAAAGAAACGGCAAGAAUACAUCAAAGAACUUAUCACAACUGAACAAGCAUACAUAGAAGAUAUGAGACUCGUUCACGAGGUGUUUGAGAAACCUCUCAUUGAAAGUUUAGUUUUAACUGUAGACGAGGUAGAUAAAAUAUUCGUUAAUUGGAGAGAUAUUAUUGCUUGUAAUGAUAAUUUUUUAAGAUACCCAGAAUGUCAGCCUAUAUAAGAUUCUGUAGCUGUCAGAUAUCGGCUGCUGUUUAUCUUCAGAGAUUAACUGAAACUAUGCCAGAAUUUGUCAAAGUUGCUCAAGUUUGUCAACAAGAUCCACGUACGAAAGGAAUGCCUUUGAGUUCUUUCCUUAUAAAACCAAUGCAAAGGAUAACAAAGUAUCCUCUUAUUAUUGGCAAAGUAAAUGAAGGAGUUAGAGAGAAAGAAAAUAGUGAUAGAUUAGAAUGGCUGCAAACACAUGUGGCUUGUGACGGUCUUGAAGAACAACUUAUCUUUAAUUCUUUAACAAAUUCUUUAGGUCCACGAAAACUUCUUCAUUUUGGUAUACUUCAUAAGGCAAAAAGUGGAAAGGAACUUGUUGGAUUUCUCACAAAUGAUUUUUUAUUGUUUGCUCAACCAAUACUUGGCAAAAAGUUUUCAUGUGGACAACAGUUUUCGUUUGAGAGAAACGAGCAUCAAAAAUUUAAGAUGUAUAGAAAGCCAAUAUUUUUAAACGAGUUAUCUUUUUUGGGUGAUUCAGAAACGAACGGUAAUGUUAGUUUAGGUUUCAGCGAAGGUUCAGAAAAUUCAACUAAAAUACUGAGACUGAAAGACCAAAAAAAACCGAUAAUAUUGUUAGCUCCAUCUCCAAGUGAAUGUUCACUAUGGGUCAGAAGAAUUACAGAAGCAAGAAAGAAAUUUAUGGAGAAUGAAAAAACACGCUUGCAAAGACAGAGAUCAAGAAAGUGCAAUACAUUCUGCAAAGUGAGCAUGGGUUCACAAGAAGAGAGGACAGGUGUUGUAUCAGGAACUGAUUGUCCUUUAUGGGAUACGUCUAUGCAGUUCCAAGUAAAGGAUUUACUUGAGGAUACAUUAUGUAUCACGGUCUUUGAUAAAGGCUAUUAUAGUCCAGAUGAAUUUCUCGGACGAGCAGAAAUAAGAGUUGCCGAUAUAAUGAGAGAUAGUAGGGAUUCAUGUGGACCGAUACAGAAACGUAUUCGGUUACAUGAAGUCGAGAAAGGUAUUGUUGUAUUGAAGUUGGAUUUACGACUCUUUGGUAAUCGAUAAAAGCAUUACAUUGUUCAUUUACGUAUUCAUAAGUAAAUGGUUACAACGUAAAAUUACAAUUGUUACUGCCAAGAUCUUCCAUAUCAUUGGAAAAAAAACGUGUACACAUGUAAAAAAAAAACAAUUUUUUACCUUAAUGUUUAAGAGGUUGAUAUUCAGUUGAUAACUAAGGGCACAAAACAAUCAAUAUUUUAUUAUGUAUUUAUUAUUGUAUUUAUAAUACGUAUUGAAUUUUUUUUUAAUCGUAUGUCAUUGGUAUUUUAGUAAUAAUUUACAAAAAAGAAAGUACUUCUGUUAUUUUGUAUAAAGUGCAUCCGAUCAUAUCGAUCUUAGUCUUCCUUAGGAAUUAAUAAUUUAUAUUCAUGUGAAGCUACAGUAUUAUUGUUAUUAUUGUUGAUAGUAUAUAACAGAAAGUUAUAUAAAAUUGAUAGUAUAUGACAAAAGACAUUUUUUUAUAUGAAACAUGUACAAACAACGAAACAUUUAAGCGGGCAUUAGUAUAAAUAAACCGAGUAUACAAUGAGUAAUUUAGGAAUAAUUUAUUGUAAUAAUUGCUUAGUAUAUAACUAAGAUCAGUAUGCAUUCUUUAGACUGAUUCGUAUAUAAAAAUGUAUAACACAUAUGAUAACGUAUGAAAUAGAUGUACAGAAUAUGAUGGUUUCUACAAUUUAACGCACAAUAGAAUUUUAUAAAAUACUAUAUAGUCUAUCAAUAAAGUAGAUAAAUUAUAUAUAAAUAUUUCUUAAUAUGUAAUAAAUGUUUUAGAUGAUUCUCUGCAGUCAUGUUCAAUAGGAUUACAUACAAAGCGGUGCAAAUAUCUAAGAAAAUUUUGUUCUCCUAUAAAAUGGUUUCCAAUUGUCUUGUAUAUCACACGAACUAAAAUUGGCCCGAGUCUAUCGCUUGCACCCCAUUGCAUCCAAUCCUCUUCAUCGAUUCAACGAUCCAAAAAUUAUCGAAGAUCAUAUGAAUAAUUUAACUUCCCACAAAGAAGACAAUUCAUUGUCCCAGACACCGAUGCUCGAAAAUAUUCAGCAUAAUAUUAUUAUAGUUUCGAAAUAUGUAGUUCCCUUUUCGAAGCAAACGUUCCAAUCAGCAUUGCUUCAGUGCCAUGCACACCAACUAUAAAUUAUUUGAAAAGGCCAGUUUAAAUCUCUCGUUCUGGAGAGAGAGAGAUAUGGCAAUGCCAAGAGGAGCGUGCUAACGAGAUAUUCGAAAUCAAGACUAUCCUCGUUCGAUC